UAUGAUAAAAAAUUGCAGCCAUUAAAAAGUGGGUUACCUUCUUGAAAGAUCUGACAUUAAAGAAGUGUGUGACUUAUGUUAUGACGUUGAUUGUAUUGAAUCUCACAAGUUUGUUUAAAAAGUUGAAUUAUCAGAUUUUAUUUCUAAGACUCUUCCACUCUUAACAAAAUUCUCUUAAAUUUUAUUUGAUCAAUUACCUAAUGCCAUUUCAACUCUUACUCAAAAAUUAAGUUCCAUUUAUGAAAAAUUAAUAUUAGAAUCACCAAAAAAGUAAAUUCAUAGUAUGAUUGAAAUAUUAUAAAAUAAAGAUGAUAAAUACUUUGCUCAAUUAUUAGAUUUUUAUAUUACACGUAACCACAUAAAGUUGAUUAAAGAAAAGUUAAAUGAAGUUUGUAAUAUUUAUAAUAUCAUACAAAAAUUUCAGGAACAAUUUCAACCAAAUUAGUCUGAAACUCUUGAAAUUUAAGAGUUUAAAUCAAAGAACAAAUUUGAAAAAAUUAAAAUAAUGUUCUCAAAAAAAGAUGAGUCUAUAAUCUAAUCAUUACCUUUAAUUGAAGUGAACAGCAAAACCUUAGAAUUGACAUAAAAUUUUGAAAUACCAACAAAUUUUAAAUUUAAAAGAUUAUAUAGUGUUACUUGGUUAAAUGAUUAAUUUAUAGGUAUUGCAGCAGGAGAAUAUCAUCCUUUUAUUAUUUAUGAUCCAAAUAAAAAAUAAAUUCAUCAAUAAAUUAUUGAAAUAAGAAAUGGUGUUUAUGAUUCUAUUGUUGUAAAUUCUAAUUAAAUAGUUUUGGCCUAUGUAAGAAAUUUAAAAUUAUUUGAUUUUAUCAGUGGUAAAUUUGUGGCCAAUUUACUUGAAUUUCAAGAAUCAUCAAGUAUGCCAAGCAAAUUAUACUAUUGCAAAUAAUCAAAUUCUGUAUUUGCAUCAAAUAAUUUUAAUUAACUAAGUUCUAUUAAUUAUAUCAAUCGAUGGAAAUUAGAUAACGGGCAACUUAUAAAAUAUGAAAUUUAAGCCAAAACUUAUGGUCCAUUAUGUAUUAUCAAUGAUAAAUAGUAAUUUUGUAUUAGUCUUUGGUGGGAAAAGAAUAAAAAACUUUAAAGAAAUAAUUAUAUUUUUAUUUGGAAAUAUGAUAAAAGUGAACCAUUUAAAUAAAUCAACACAAAAGAACCUUAAUAUACUAUGAAUAUUAUAGAAAACGAAAUAAUUGGUUUUGGAACCGAAAUCUCUAUUUGGAGUCUUUAGACAUACAAAUUAACUAAAAAAAUCAAAUUUCCAGAAGAAAAACUUAAUCCUUGGAGUUCAUGCAUUUUUGGUGAAUUGAUUAUUUUGGGUAGUGAAAAUGGAAGUAUUCUUUAAUUAUAUUCUUAGAUAUUUGGACAACAAAUAAAGCAUUUGAUAAGUGGGAAAAGUUAAUGAAAAUGAGAGCAAAGACGAUGAAAAUUAAUCAAGUUAGUGGAAAAUUUAUAAUUACUGCUUUAGAUUGUAGUUUUUGCAUCUUUUAAAUUAAAAAUUGAUUAAGCA